UUGGCGCUUCGCACCCGUGUCCGUGUGUUUACAAUCGCAGUGCUCAACACACACAGACGAGCAUACGCGUCAGGACCAUGGCGCUCCGCAGAUAACAGCGGACAUUUACAAGCUAUACACAAGUAUUACAUACAGUUACGGACAGUUUUCUCCCUCUGUUCUCGAUAGGAAUAACGUACUUUUGUUUUUGAUUUGUUCAUUCGUGUUCGCGUAAAGAAAAUGCGUUCACCGGCACGGAGUUGUGAAUGAGAUGAACUUUACGCAGAAUGUUGGUUAACCUUCUGUUUUACUGGAAUUCCUCCCUGACUGGACGUUUUGUGUAACUGUGUCGUUUUAAGGAACAUUAUAUUUUUUCUAUAAUCGCAUCUUGUUUCGGGGAAAUAUCUGGGUCAGACUGUAAAAGGAAGUUUUAUUGCAAACCACUCUACGGUCCAAGUUAACUUGGAGGAACUCGUCUCCAUAUUUCACACCGUUUGAAGUAUCCGGAGACUGUUGACAGGAUUCAGCGAGACUUCAGCCGACUGAAGCGAGAGAGCACCUGGGGACAUUUGGCAGAAGCGUGACCGGGUAAAGAUGCUCUCUGCUUGGAUACAGCGCGACCAGCAUGCCGCGUCCUUUCUCACUUUAGUUCUGCUAUACGGAACCUUUGCGACCCAUGCAGAUGGAAGUGAUUACAGUGAGGUUCUUCCCGACUCCUUUCCGUCAGCUCCGGCUGAACCGUUGCCGGAAUUCCAGACUGAACCGGAGGAUGCCUUCAUUGUAAAAAACAGACCGGUCAAGCUUUCCUGCAAGGCUGCCCCUGCCACGCAGAUAUACUUCAAGUGCAAUGGAGAAUGGGUUAACCAGAAUGACCAUGUAACUAAGGAAAGCCUGGACCCCAUCACAGGUCUGGUUACGCGUGAAGUGGACAUCUCUGUCUCUAGGACGCAGGUGGAAGAAUUGUUUGGGCUGGAGGAUUAUUGGUGCCAGUGUGUUGCCUGGAGCUCAGCAGGCACAACAAAGAGCCGACGGGCAUAUGCCCGCAUCGCCUACCUAAGGAAAAACUUUGAGCAGGAGCCACUCGGCAGGGAGGUUCGUCUGGAACAGGAGGUCUUGCUGCAAUGUCGUCCUCCAGAAGGCAUCCCACCUGCUGAGGUGGACUGGCUGAGGAAUGAAGAGCUCAUUGACCCGACGCUGGAUUCAAACUUUCUAAUUACCAUCGACCACGACUUGAUCAUCAAACAGGCUCGACUCUCUGACACGGCUAACUAUACCUGCGUGGCUCGCAAUGUGGUCGCUAAGCGACGCAGCAGCACUGCGACACUCAUCGUCUACGUGAGUGGCGGUUGGUCAUCCUGGACAGAGUGGUCAGAGUGCAAUGCUCAGUGUGGGCGGGGCUGGCAGCGACGGACACGCAGUUGCACCAAUCCGGCACCUCUCAAUGGAGGUGCCUUCUGCGAAGGCCCACCUUUUCAGAGAGUCACCUGUACCACACUUUGUCCAGUGGAUGGAGGCUGGACAGAGUGGGCCAAGUGGUCUGCUUGUGGGACGGAGUGCACCCACUGGCGUAGCCGUGAAUGUCAGGCGCCACCGCCACGCAACGGAGGACGUCAUUGCAUCGGGAGCAUGAUGGAGAGCAAGAACUGCACAGAGGGACUGUGUGCCCGCAAUAAAAAGGUUUCUAUUGAACAUUCAAGUCAUCCUUCGGGUUCUGGUGCUGGUGUAGCAGUCUACGCUGGACUGGUGGGAGCUUUGCUGCUCUGCAUGAUUCUCGUGCUAUGCGUCAGCAUUCUGGUCUAUCGCCGGAGCUGUCGACAUCUCCAUGGCGAAAUCACGGAUUCCUCCUCGGCCCUCACAGCUGCCUUCCAUCCUGGCAACUACAAACCACCCCGGCAAGAUAACCCACACCUGCUUCAUCCGGCGGCUCCUCCUGACCUCACCGCCAGUGCCGGAAACUUCCGUGGUGGUCCCCUAUACGCACUGCAGCAGGCCACCCUUGACUCCGCCCACAAGAUCCCCAUGACCACGUCUCCUCUGCUGGACUCACUUCCUAGUCUAAAGAUAAAGGUGUAUAAUGCAUCUACCAUGUCUUCGCUGGAGCUGCCGACCGGCCUGGAUUCUAUUGAUGGAGAGAUUAUGAGUCUGAAGACUGGCCCUAAAGACCACCACGGGCACACGUUGCCUAGAGAGCCCAGUCACAGUGCCAGCGUCACGCUGGGCUCCCUGGGAGGUCGUCUCACCAUCCCUAAUACAGGAGUGAGUCUGCUGGUUCCACCAGGAACAAUUCCUCAGGGAAAAUUCUAUGAGAUGUAUCUCAUCAUCAGCAAAUGGGAGAAAACAACGUUGCCGUCGGAUGGUAGUCAGACGGUACUGAGCCCUGUUGUGAGCUGCGGACCCUCGGGCAUGGUGCUCAGUAAACCCGUAGUCCUUACUCUCCCACACUGUGCCCAGCUAGAGCCCCCAGACUGGACGCUUACCCUUAAAAUGCAAAACCAUCAAGGUGUCUGGGAGGAGGUGCUAACUGUGGGAGAGGAAAGCCUGUCAUCACCCUGCUAUAUGCAAGUGGACGAGCAGAGCUGUCAUAUACUGAUGGAACAGCUGGGGACAUAUGGGGUGGUGGGACAGUCAGCCCCCCCUCGGCCAGCUUGUAAACGGCUGCAGUUGGCCCUGUUUGCCCCUCGGGCACCGUGCCUCUCCCUGGACUACAGCCUGAGGGUAUACUGCAUACAGGACACCCCACAUGCCCUUAAGGAAGUGUUAGAGGUUGAGCGGAGUCUGGGUGGGGUUUUACUAGAGGAUCCCAAACCUCUUCUCUUUAAAGACAGUUAUCACAACCUUCGGCUAUCAAUCCAUGACAUUCCCCAUUCUCACUGGAGAAGUAAACUUCUGGCUAAGUAUCAGGAGAUCCCGUUCUAUCACAUCUGGAGUGGAAGCCAGCGGCCAUUGCAUUGCACUUUUAGUUUAGAGAGAGGAAGCUUGGUGGUUUCUCAGCUCACCUGCAAGAUCUGUGUUAGACAGGUAGAGGGGGAAGGACAGAUAUUCCAGCUUAACACUGACAUCCAAGAGACGUUGCCCCCCCACUCACCAUUACCAGCAGGUGGUUCUUGUCUACCUUCAUCUCAAGUGGGUCCAUAUGCUUUCCGACUUCCCGUCUCUAUUCGCCAGAAAAUUUGUGCCAGUCUGGAUGCCCCCAGCGCGCGUGGCUGUGACUGGCGAAUGCUGGCACGCAGCCUGGACUUUGACAGGUAUCUGAACUACUUUGCAACCAAGCCCAGCCCCACAGGUGUGCUGCUAGACCUGUGGGAAGCUUGUCACCAGGGUGACGCAGACCUGGUCUCCCUGGCGACAGCUCUUGAAGAGAUGGGCAAGAGUGAGGUCUUGGUUGUCAUGACGACGGAUGGAGAUUGCUGAUUGGCAAAUCAAAAAGUGUGAAAAGGGGAUAUAUUUACCGCUACAAACCUAGAAUUAAUGCAAGUGGAUGAAAAGAAACUGUGUCGGAUGCACAAACCAAGUUCCAGUGCUUGCCUAAUACCUCAGUUGUGCUCGUGGGGAAUCUUUCAAGGACUGCGACAUGGGGUCGAGCAGUCUGGAUGAUCUUGGAGAGAUACAGUCCAAACAUAAUGUAGCAAAUGGAAAUACACUGUAAUCAGACAAUAGAGAUAAAAGUUGAAAAUUAGGUCAAAAAGAAUUGCUCGUCUUGCUCAAUACUUGCGCUGAUACGAUCAAAACAACGCCAUCUGAGAAGCUUAUGAUUAGAUGAUUAGUUUCAUCAUACGGAUACACACUCAUCUCUUGCUAGACAUGCAGAUACACAUAGCUAUUUUGACAAGUACAUGAUCAAACACCAUUGCACAUCGUUGUUUCCUAGCGACUACUAGAUGCUUCAAGACAUUGCAAACCCGUGUCCAGUAAAACAGCAGUGUGCCGAGCACCUCAGGAAACACAGCCAUGCUUGUACACAGAAAAUAAACAGGUGCGGAGGUGGAAAUACAGAUGAAAUAUGGAUAAGCAGAACCAAGCAUAGAUGACUGCACUAAAAUCAAGUUAUUUUCAUAAGGACUUCAUAAAAAAACACGAAUAAUGCUUUAUUGUGACUUUUUGUUUUCUGCACGUGUCUUCUGAAGUAAAUCUUAUGGAAAAUACAUUUUGCUUUAUUUCCCAUAAGCUUUAGAAUUCACACAAAAAAUUUUUAAGUUAUUAUCCCUAUUUGUGGAUCUUUUUAUUCAUUUGUAACUUCUUGUAUGUUCAUCAUGUUUUGCGAAACGUAGGUAAGAUGGAAGACAAGCAGUAUAAACGCACAUAAAAGGUAGUAAGCUCAAAAUUGUUGUGUUUGAAUAGGUGUUACAAUGAAAGUGAGCGGUGACUAUUUCACUCCCAUUCCCUUAUAUUGCAUGAGGGUGAGAAAAAGCAGAAUAUUAAAGUCUGAGUAAACUAACCUUUAAAAAUGUUAAAGGUUUUUGUGGUCACCUUUCAUAAAUGCUAUAUAUCCGUACUUUGCAAAACUGGAUUAUGUAGCAAUUGAAACUGAGACGGGAUGAAAUCUAAAUGUUGCGGCGAUGGUAACCGCCUUGCGGAUGUUCACUGGAAAUAUGCUGUGCUGUUUAAAUAGGAUGAAAUUGCAGGGGCGGCAGAAAGCUUUUUUUGGGGUUUCAUGCUGUUUAAAUUAUAAAUAGUAGCCUCGAGAGGUGGCAUAAGUGCUUUGUUGAUUACAGUAUGACCCAGUUGCUCUUUAUUGUCCCUUUUGACAUUUUUGGGUUCGAUGGGUUUCUGUUGAAUGAGACUCAAAGCCAUGUACUUUUACUGCUUAUUAACAAAAGUCAUGCGAUCGUAUGAAGUGGACUUUAUUUUUUUAACAGAAGUGUUCAAUUGUCUGGCAACAAACAAAACAAAACGAAAUGUGCAGUAUCUAUCCAUGCCUGUAAAGGUGUGAAUUAAAUAAAUGAGAUGGGUGUGCGUGUGUGUAUGUGUGAAGAGAGAAACAGGGCAUCGUUGCGACGUAUGAGUCACUAUUGUGCUACUGUGUAUAUGAAUGAAUGGACUUUGUUGUUUUUGUUGUUACUCCUUUCUCAUUAUAAGUACUAUGCAAGUACACAACAAAAGUGAAUCCGUGGACGUUAUAAUGUGCUGUGUAAGAUGUACGUGAAAUGGGAAUCAUUACUUUCCUUUUGCUUAUCACUGCUGUAACUAAGCUGGGGAUAAAACUGUACCUCUGCAGUAAUAAAUGCAAACAAAACUUUAAUUGAGGGUCAGGGAUCCAUGUCCACAAUAUUGUUCUUCUUUGUUUAGUAACCAUUUGGGCUUUUACCUGCACCCUCACAACAAUCAACAGCAACAACGAAGGACUUUUUCUGCAUGUGAAAAUGGCCACAAAGAACCAUCAUAAUAUCUGGUGGCUUCAGAACUCUGGAUCUUUACGUGGAUCUGAAAUAUCUCCUGGCAUAUCUGGGCAGAUGUUAGAUGAAAAAACCUUUGAGCAUUUCACACGUGCACAGCUGAACAGCCUUGGGUCUGUUUUUUGGAUUGUAGUUGCUGUUCACGGAUUCCACUUGUGGCCGAACUAAACUCUCUUUUAUUCAGAUGUCAUUUUCUAUGAAAGAGGGUUGACAAGAUGUCAGGAGAGUUUUUUUUUCAUUCAAUACUGUAAGUACAACUGUACAUAAGUGUUUAGACUUCUUACUGUAACUAAAUAUAAUUUUUAUGCAAUAAAUUAUAUUUCCUAGUUUAA